GACAUGUCUUAAGUCUUGAAAAGUAUUUCAUAUUUCUUUCUCCGACCCUCCAAAAGUGAAACCGAACUACAGAGAGAAGAAGAAGGAGAAAGAGAUGGGGUGGAUCGGAGAUAGCGUAGAGUCAAUUAGGUCAAUGCAGAUCCGCCAGUUCCUCAGUCAGGCUAUCAGUCUCGGUAUGAUUGUUACUUCUGCCCUAAUAAUUUGGAAGGGAUUGAUCUGCAUCACUGGCAGUGAAUCUCCUGUUGUUGUUGUUCUUUCUGGUAGCAUGGAACCUGGCUUUAAGAGGGGGGAUAUACUGUUCUUACAUAUGAGUAAAGAUCCUAUUCGUGCUGGAGAGAUUGUUGUUUUUAAUGUUGACGGUCGGGAAAUUCCAAUUGUCCAUCGUGUAAUUAAGGUUCACGAACGGCAAGAUGGAGAAGUUGAUGUCCUCACAAAAGGAGAUAACAAUUAUGGGGAUGAUAGGCUUUUGUAUGCUCAAGGUCAACUUUGGCUUCAAAGGAACCAUAUUAUGGGCAGAGCUGUGGGGUUCUUGCCUUAUGUUGGAUGGGUGACUAUUAUCAUGACCGAAAAGCCUAUUAUCAAGUAUAUUCUCAUCGGGGUAUUGGGAUUGCUUGUUUUAACUUCAAAGGACUGAAAGAUGGAUGGUUCAAGGAUAUUGUUCCAUCGUGAGCAAAUGCUGCAACCACCACCACUUUGAAUUUGCCAUUUUUUCUAUCCUUGUACACCAGACCCAAAGAAUAGUAUAAAUUGAUCAGAUAAAUUAAACCAUAAUAGAAGACUGUGUACAUCUGUUUCAGUGACAUGCUUUUACCCAUCGAUUAUAAAUGGGAUUUUUGUUCCACA